ACUGCAGCAGCAGCAGCAGAGCAGCAGCUCGGUGUUUCGCCGCGGAGAGGACGACUCAGAGGAUAUUUUUGGACUCCAGAAAAGCAGGCGACUGGAUGAUAAUUAAAGAGUCUGCAUCUGCUUUCUGCUGGGCCUAAAGAGACACACUUACACUCAGACUUCUGUGUCGAACAAAUUGAGUGCAAUUGAGGCUGUGCUUGGACCCAAGUCUGAGUGUGUUAACAUGGGAGACCAGAGGUCAGUCCUGCCGCUGCUGCUGUUGCUCCUGACGCUACUCGCCAGGCUGUCACAGCUGUGGGCCUUCCCCUUCAGCCCGUCCCUGGACCUGGAUGUCACUCCCAGGACUACCGUCUUCUCCAAAGGUCUGUUGGGCAGCGCCCGUUUCACCGGCUCUUCCCAGAACUACUCUACCCUCCUGCUGGAGGAGGAGGCCGGGCUGCUGUACGUGGGAGGCAGAGGAGCCCUGCACGCGCUCAACACUUUAAACAUCUCCAACACUGCAAACCUCACGAUUAAUUGGGACGCUUCCCCUGAACAGAAGAAGCAGUGUCUAAACAAAGGCAGAGACAAUCAGACAGAGUGCUACAAUCACAUCCGCUUUCUGCAGCGAUUCAAUGAGACUCACCUAUACGUCUGUGGAACAAACGCCUUCAGACCUCUUUGUGCUUAUAUCGAUGCAGAGCGGUUCAACUUCUCCUCCGGAUUUGAAGAGGGCAGAGAAAGGUGUCCAUAUGAUCCAGCAAAGGGAUACACUGGCCUCCUCGUAGACGGUGAGAUGUUCACGGCCUCUCAGUACGAGUUUCGCAGCUCUCCAGACGUGCGCAGAAACUUCCCCUUCCCCAUGCUCAGGACAGAGGAGGCCCCCAUUCGAUGGCUGCUGGAGGCAGAAUUUGUGGGCUCUGUGCUGCUGAAGGAGAGCAUUAACAGCUCUAUCGGUGACGACGACAAGAUUUACUUCUUCUUCACGGAGAGAAGCCAGGAGCAGAUUGCCUACCCGAGCCAGACCAAGGUGUCCAGGGUUGCCCGAGUCUGCAAGAAUGACUGGGGAGGCCAGAGGACCCUACAGAGGAAGUGGACCUCCUUCCUAAAGGCCAGAAUGGUGUGUUCAGUCCCAGAAUAUGAGCUGCACCUCAACGUCCUGCGCAGUGUGUUUGUUCUGCAGGGUCGAAACGCUCAAAGCAGCAUUUUCUAUGGCGUCUUUGGCCUGGAAUGGAAGAAUAUCAAAGCAUCUGCUAUCUGCCAGUACGCCUUCUCAGAUGUGCAAAAGGCUUUCGAGGGGCCGUACAUGGAGGUGCAGGACUCAAAGUGGAGGGAGUACACGGGCAAAGUUCCAGAGCCAAGACCAGGAUCUUGUAUAUCAGACGUGCACAGGUCGCAGGGCAUCAACUCAUCAAGAGACCUGCCAGACAAUGUCCUCACUUUCGCCAGAAGGCACCCCCUCAUGGCCAGCCAGGUGCACCCAAUAGGGGUGCGCCCACUCUUGUUCAAGAGGAGUGUCAACUACGUCAAGAUAGUCGUGCACAAGGAGCCGGCGCUGGAUGGGAACAUCUAUACUGUUCUGUUUUUAGGAACUGAUGACGGGUGGCUGCACAGAGCUGUAGACAUCGAUGGAGAAAUGCACAUCAUAGAAGAGUUGCAGCUGUUUGAUAAACCCCAGCCCAUAGAGAGCAUGGUCAUAUCCUCUGCUCUGCGGAGUAUUUACGUCGGCUCCCACUCUGGAGUCGUGCAGGUACCGAUGUCCGCCUGUCAGAGGUACACUUCCUGUUACGACUGCGUAUUCGCCAGAGAUCCGUUCUGUGGCUGGGACGGGAGGGCGUGUGUGGAAAUAUCUUCACAUGCACAGAGGUCAAACCUAACCCAGGAUAUUUUGAAGGGUAUCAGGGGCUGCAAGGAGAAUUCAGGAAAUGUGGUCCAUCGGAGGCGUUCUGUGAUGUCGGGUGACGACGUGCUACUGCAGUGCGAACUGCACUCCAACCUGGCAACUCCACGCUGGACGCUAAACGGCAAAGAACUCCAGGGAUACGGCCUCAAUUCAGGCUACCGCAUCGGCACAGAUGGCCUCCUCAUAAUCGGCGCUCGCUCCCAGCAGAGCGGCUCUUAUCGCUGCUUUGCCGUGGAGAACUCCGUCUCAGUCCUGGUUUAUCUUUACACAGUCAGGGUGCACACGGAUACGUACUACCCCGUGGAGCCCUCAGCCACGACUAACCCCACUACAGUUUCCAGCCCGACUGUUUUCUCUACCAGCAGCCCCACGGAGCAGCCUCUGCCCUCUCCUCCUGCCCCGCUGCCUCCGGGAGCUGAGUUCCAGAUCUACAGACACAUGGAGGCCGUGUACAUUUCCUUGGUGGCGGUUCUCGGAGGGCUUUGCUUGGUGUUGACUGUGGUGUUGCUUUAUGUGAGCUUCUGCACCAGACGGGCCUCUCGGAACCGAAAGUUCUCCCAGCAGGAGCUGCAGGUCUUGGGGGCCUCUGAGAGAAAGAGAAGCUCCCAUCUGGAACUUAAAACCAUCUCCAGCCACUGCAACGGCCGCCAGGGUCGUCGCUCCAUCUCGGUGCCAGCCUUCGGGGACAUCGGUGAUGGCUUCCUGCAGAUAGUUCCAGGGGAGGGCCAGUUCUCUCCAUGUAAAACGCCUCCCCCAGCGCCUCCUCUUCCUAUGCCACCGCCGCUGCCCAACAUGGACUACGCCAACGGGCUGUCGUCCACUCUGCCCAGCGUGCUGCGGAAGAUGAAUGGGAACAGCUACGUGCUGCUGAGGCAGGCCGACCACGAUGGCAUGUCACCACUCUACCACUCCUUCACAGAGGAGCUCAACAGGAUCCUGGAGCAGAGGAAACACACGCAGCUGGACCUAGAGCCUGAUGAGAGCUCCAUCUAGGACACCGCCCUCAGUCUUUGUCGCACAGUUAUUUAUUUUGACCCCAACGGUGACCCGUAGUGGUGGGGAGAACUGACCCUAUCAAAUGCUGCUGUUAUUUACCCAGUGUCAGAGUACCUCACCUGAUCUGAAAUGUGCAGCCUCCCUUGUCUCCCAUGACAAAUGGCCCAUGAUUUCACUUCAACAAUGGACUACACUAACCAGAGAUUAAUAUUCAAAAAGUGGAGCUGUGAAGAUUUUGGUCAUAGACUGCGCUGUUACAAAGUACCAUGAGAAGGCAGCUUAAUGCUUCCUCGGUGGAGACUCUCCAGAGGCUUGAGAAUUGUGGACAGAUGACACAAAAACACAAAACCGCAAAAGGUGCAAACUGGGACACAAAAAUAAAUCAGGCCAGGAGGGAGCCACGUAUUUAUGAGACUGUGGAAGUGUUCAGGAAGUUUUUAGUGCCAUGUAAUAUUAGUCUUCUAUGGAGCUUAAAGUGAUACUCCACCCAAAAUCAUUUGGCUACUGUGGGAAACUACCUUUCACCUAACGUGCCCGCAACCUGAGAGCCUUUCCCUGCGUGUUGCAAGUCUGACAUGAGGAUGUUCCUGGUCCCUGGUCUGGGGGAGAACAGGUUUGACUCACCUGUAGACCCAGGAGUGGACUCUGUAUCACCAAAGCCACUCAUAGUAUUUUUAUGAGGCUGAUGGUGAUAGUAGCUGUUCCAGCUGGUAGGCCUCCCCUUUUUUGGGCAGCUAUUGGCAGGUCAGCGUGUUUUUAUGGGCCAAAAAUGCAUCAUAUCGGGUUAAAUCGGCUGACCUUCACGUGUGUCGCAUCUCCGUGUGACGUCGGAGCAAGUACACUAAUCUACUAAGAACUACGAAAAGACUUAUCAUAACAGUCAACUUCAAAACAUCCAACAAGUAUAUGAUUGUUACAAGAAGAAGUUUCAUAUUUUGAAACACUUUUUUUAACAGGGAAAACUUUUCCAAAAAGGAAUCCAUUGUAAGACUGCAACUCAACAUGUUUUUAUGAUCAAUUAAUCUGGAAAUGAUUUCUUUCAAUACAUUUUUUUGUCUAGAAAUGUCAGAACAUAGAGACCAGUGUGGUGCCCAGUAAGUGUUUUGACAUUUAUUUCAUUUAAUGAACUGAAAUUUGUCAUGAAUUCAAUCUGACUACGAGCUCUCUAUAAAGGAGCCACAUUUGAAGCCCACAGGGGGAGCCUGAUUGAGACUCAAAAGAUAGAUUUUAUGUGUAGUAUUACUUUAAAAAGCUGUUACAGUACACGAGAGCUCAGGUGAUAAGACAAAACAUCGUCAUUUCAAAUUAUAUAAAUCCAAUCUUUCUUCAUUUUCUUCUGCCCUCAUGUAGAUUGCUGCAGCUGUGAGUAGCUUUUUCUUGUGCCAAUGGUGACACCUGUAGCAAACCUUCUGUUUUCAGCAUCUGUGUGAGAAAAGAGACACGCCUUGAGUAUUCUGUUAAAGACCAUGAAAGGUGCAGUAAGUUUGUGAUAAGAUUGAUUGAAAUGACUGUAGACCACAGACUGGCCUCAGGGCCCUGAAGGCUGAGAGGAAACCACAGCAUACACUGAAAACAAACGGAGGAGAUGCUGUAAAAAUGCUUAUUUGCUGUUUAAUAUUUAUACAGCUACGACAUACUUUGUCUUCGUCAGACUGAAACCUGUCUUUAGAUGAUCAUUCCGUACACCUUGAUGUUGCUUUCUCCUGAGACAUCAAGAGUUUCAUGCCAACUAUUUCAAAGACGGAUGAAAACACUGGGUUCUUUCAAAAAUGAUGUCCCCAAAAGAUAAAAUGGUCUUCAUCAACUUUUGCUCUGAAAAAGCUGCAGGUGGCUAUUUGUCGAAUCAGAGAAGAGAAGACCUUCACACAUGCAGCCCACAAAGGCAUCCUCAGUGUUUACCUGACAUCAGAGCAAGGCCAAAACAACAAGAACCGCAGAGCGUACAGUAUUUCCUAGACAAGGUGAACAUGAUUAAAUAGUACGUAUAACUUAGAGGGACUGAAAUGAAUCUCUGAGCAGUUUGUAAACGUGUCACGGCCAGUGGUGAAUAAAGAUCUGUCUUUUCCA